AUGACCACGCGCGCGGUGAACUCGCUGCACGGCCGCAAGGGGGGGAGCAGAGGCUCGAAAGGCAGAGGGCUUCGCGGCGGCGCGUCGCGGUCGAACGUGCGGCCGACCAGCGGCGCCGGCGGCGGCGUCCUGGGCGCGGACUCCCCCACAGAGCGAGAAGCGGACGAGGCCGCGCGCAUGAUGUUCACGCACCUGCGAAGAGCGGGCCAGCCGUUCGUGACCCCGGACGCGGUGGGCGAUUUCAUCGAGGCGGACCAGGUCAAAGAAGCGUUCGAUCUCAUCGGCGGCGGCGAGUCCGGGGUCGCCGCGCUCGCGGAGAGCAACAUCGCGAGCGCGCUGAGGAAGAUAUACACGGAACGCGAGACGUUCGGGAAGACGUUGUCGGACACGUCGAACCUCGUGAAAAACGUCGGCGUGAUGAUCGGGUUCGUGAUUUACUCCGUCGCGAUGUUCGUCUCCCUGGCCAUAUACCAGGUGGACAUCGCGUCGCUGUGGCUCGUCAUCUCUAGCGUUCUCGUCGCGUGCGCGUUCGUGUUCGGCACGACCGCGAGCACGAUGUUCCGGACGCUCGUGAUGAUAUUCGUGACGAAUCCGUUCACGGUCGGGGACUGGAUUCGACUCGGCGACGACACGACGGCGUGGAGAGUGCGAGAGCUCGGCUUGAACUUCUUCGACGUCGUAAACUUCUGGGGCGAGGUCAUCUUCGUGCCCGCGUCGACGGUGUUAGAGAGCAAGGUUUUCAACCUCUCGCGGUCGCCGCCGCUGUGGAUGCGGACGCUUCUCACCGUGGACAUCGGCAUCCACGCCGCGGACGUGGAUUACAUCGAGAAGGUCAUGUCCACGCACAUCGACAGCGACGUCGUCAACUACACCCCGGGGUCGUUCGAGAUCUUCUGCCGCGAGAUACAAGACCCGCUCAAGGUGCAGCUCGUGAUGUUCUAUCAGCUCGCGUUCAACGCGAGCGAGUUCACGAAGAAGCUCAAGGCGAACAACCGGUUCCUGCUCGUGCUUCAACGCGCGCUCAUGGACGGCCCGAGCUUCACGUUCGCCGGGACGGACGGGCAAAUUUUCAAAGCCGAGGCGCUCAAGUCGGAGGAAAUCGACCGACCGCAUCGGUCCGACGCGGGGAAGAGCGUCCUCGGCGGCGGCGGCGGCGGCAGCGGCGACGGCGGCGCGCGCGGCUCGAGCCUCGAGCGCGUCGGCGAGAGCGAGAUCCCGACGAGAGCGGCGGCCGGGAGCGACGCCGCGGGGGGCGAAGACGAAAGCGGAAACGAAAACGUAAACGACGCCUCGCGCCCGCUCGGGAUUCGGAAACGGCACUCGCGGACGGCGCGGUUCCGCAUCCCGGGGCGGAUUCGUCACUACAGCGGGAUGCUUCGCGACAUGAAGCACGAGGUGCACUUCGACGCGACCGAGCCCGCGAGCGACGGGAUCGACGGGAAGAAAACGUCGUGACGACGACGCGCGCGCUCUACUGCACCUAAUUUCUAUCGCAACCGCGUCUACGAA